AUGGUUGAAGAUGAGCCCCUGGAUGUAGAGGCGCCCACGUUGACGGACUUGGGCAAGGCAAAAGCCGUUUCGGAACUUGAGAAUAUUUUCCUAGGUCUGUCCGUGCUUCGUAGAUUGACUGACUAUGAGGAUCGAUUGGCCCUUUAUAGUCAGAUCAUCUGGACAUGUCAGUGCACUGGCAAGUCCAGCCUCACACAUCAGGAGGCUUGGACGAGUGAAGCCAAGGUUCGUGUACUACUUAGCUCCUCGUUCCCCACACCCCUUCUGCCUCCCAUUCUCCGAACUCUCCACCAUAGUACACUGCCACUAGAUCAGUUGGUAGAAGCUGCUUCAGGACUCUGUUAUUCUCGGUUCCAUCCGGGUGAAGAGUUAACACUCUUGGGGCCACAGCCGAUGCAAGUCCGAGUUAUCAGGUCUAAGGAAGACAGCGGCUGUGCAGGCAAGAAAGUUAAUAUUUCUAAUGGAAAGGAGCCUUCCACUUCACCAACCACCCCCAUCAUCAAUGGUUGCUCUCCCCCAACUCGAGAGAUCCCCAUGGUAAAUGGCACAAGUAAUGGAGUAGCUGGCAUUAAUGAUUCAAGUCCCACAAAUAUGAGAAGGUGCAAGGAAGACUCUCCAGGAAGGAAGAAGAGUAUGUUGCUUCCUUUACUAUAUGAUGUGUCAGUCAUUGGAGAAGAAAAAAUCAUGACAGAAGUCCCAGCUAAAUUUCUCCAGCGAACCUACAAGAUUCCUCCAAAAGAACACUUUCGACUUUUUGUGCGAGCCAAUGCACUUAGACAGCGAUCUAGCGCCUACACUCCUUGGAUUGUGUCAGAAGAUCUUGUUAAACAGUAUAACAUUCCCAAUAAGCUCGCCUCAAUAUUUACUAAUCCCAGAACAAAUUCAGUAGGUAGGAAAAGAAAGGCUGAAGGAGUAUUUGUAGAAAGAGCUAAAAAAGUAAAAGCUGAAAAAACAGUUGAAACUGUUAAAAGAAAUAAAGCUGAUCCUGCCUCUAAACCCUUAAAGCCCGGUAGGAAGCCAAGAGUAAAACGUGACCCGAACACCCCAAGAAAAAAGCCAGGUCCCAAGCCAGGCUUCAAGAGAACUCCUAAGCUAAACCCUAAAUCAGAACUACCAAAGCCUUCCCUAAAGUUACAAACACAAGUGAAAAUGGAGACCAGUGACAGUGACGAUGAUGUGUCUCUUGCAGUUUUAGCUAAUAGAUCACCAAAAAUAGAAAAUGGAGCUCAUCUUGCUGCAAAACCAUUGAAAAUGGUCACUCCACCAGGCAUUACUCCAUUGGUGCUCAAGAAGAGGGUGACAGAAAAAGAUGGAAAGGAGCUUCUUAGAAGUACAAAAAGAUUGAAGCAAACAACUCUCUUUGACAUGAGGUCUCCAAAGAAAAUGACUGAUGGAACACCCAAACCCAAAAUUUCCCCAAGAAAAUCCCCCCAGAAAAGGCAACCAAAUCCAGAGGCAGUUUUAAGAACUCCUGUGAUGAAGAAAAUGGUCCACCAGUACAACACUCUCAAGGGUGUGAAAGGGACUGGUAGAAAACUGGUUCACACCAUGGAUCAGGUCCUCAAGAAGCUCUCCCUGGCACAGAUUGAGGUUAUACCUGAGGCCAAUCUGCGAGCAGACAUAAUGAAGCGCCAUGAACGAAUGUUAGAAAAGCGAAUAGUAGCUAAAAUGACACCAAAGGAGAGAGAAGACUAUUCAAAACAAAAGGCCAGGGCAGAAGCACAAAAACGACGUCAGACAAAGCAGGAACGAAAUCGAAAGAUGGAAGAAAAGAUCCUCACCAACCUGAAACCACUUCCUCAGCCACAACUGGUCCCUACACCAGAGGAGAUCCCCAACUCACUGUUUGGUGAUGUGGCCAUGGUGGUGGAGUUCAUCGAGUGCUACCAUGAGAUUGUUAAAACAGACAAGAAGACAUCUAUAUCUUGCAGUCAGUUGAUGCAGGCUUUAGCGGCAGGUCCCAAAGGCUUAAAGUAUGUAGCUGAAGUGAUGUGCCUCAUAUUACAUCUGAUCAUCGAUGACACUCGAAUAGGCUGCACGAAGGAACUGGGUGUAAAGAUCAGUGAUUUACCGGUGCAUUACCAGACUGCCAUUGAGGUUGCUCGUUUGUGCCUGAGGAAACACGAUUCCUGCGAGUCAGCCAGCCAACACUCUGAUGAAAACACUGAUGAGGGGGAGGAACAAAAUGAACUGUCUGAUGGACUUAUUCAUAAAUUGGAAUCAAGUGAGUUAUAUGAACUACAGCCACCAGAGGUCCUUGCUGUACUGAAAGCUCUCUGUCAUCAGGCCAUCGCCUCGGACACAUCAUUGGAACACAUUGAGGACAUUGAGGAGAAAGCCUAUAUACUCUAUAAGGAACGAGCUCAAGUUAAGAAGAUGAGUUUGAAGGAGGAGAUGGAAAAGAAGCAAGAAAAAAAGAAGGAACGCUUGCAAAAAAAGAUGGACAAAACCAACGCCCCUAAGAAGUCUCCAGGCCGUCCCAAGGGUUAUAGCCCAAAGAAAAAAGCUAUUACCAUAGAUAACUUCUAUAGUAAGAAAGAGGGAGAGAAUUUGGAUUUAGCAUCAAGAGUUAAGAGGAAGCGGUUAUCUCCUGAGGAAAUAAUUGAAGAGAAGGAGAAGACCCGAAACUUCCUCAGAGAACAGAAAAUCAAAGAAGAUGAAGAAAAGAGACGUGUGUAUGUGGUCCAAGAGUGUGAGAAAGUUCUGAUGCAGAAGGAUUUACUUAUUCGUCUGCAGCCCUUAGGCGUAGACCGCAAUCAUGACCGGUACUGGCUCUUCAACAACACCACUCCUGGGUUGUAUGUGGAGAAAGGCUGGGUAGAUCCAAACACCACCUACAACAUACAGUCUUCAAGUCCAAGCAAACAGCUAAAGAAAUCCACACCAGCACGUAAUGGUACUCAAGAUUCUGGUUCAGAUUCAGAUGACAAACCUCUUGCUGCUAUAAAAGAAGAACUGACUACAGGAAGCCCUACAAAGUCUUUAAGUCCACACAAACACCAAGCAACUCCAGUCUCAGGCAAGUCAGCACAUAAUGGUACUCAAGAUUCUGGUUCAGAUUCAGAUGACAAACCUCUUGCUACUAUAAAAGAAGAACUCACUACAGGAAGCCCUAAAAAGCAGGAAAAGAUCCCUGGCAGACGUAGGCCUCCAACAGUGGAUGAAAAUACUCAGACAUUCCCUCCAGUUGGACAGAACAUGUGGUUUUAUUAUAAGUCUAUAGGAGAGGUAGAUGAACUGUUGAAGUCUCUGGCAGAGAAGGGAAUUCGAGAAUCCAAACUGAAACUUAACCUCAGUCAAGUGAGAGCACAGCUGGAAGCCAACUUAACCACAGAAUGGACACCCAUAGAAGACCUAGAGGACGGAGCCCAACAACUUAUCGAGUCGUUGCGUGAAGAUAUUAUUCAGAUUGAACGUGAACUCAAGGAGGGUUGGCUUGGUGCAGUUCCCAAUCCGGAAGAAUGGGAGAAGAAAGCACUAGAGGCAACAACCUUGCAGGAGCUAGGGGAGUGCCUGUUAGAGGCACAAAAAUAUAUGCACUUCAAAUACCUGAAGGGUAUAAUGCAGCCCUCCAAAAAACUUUUGCCUUCUGAAAGCCUUGAUGCACCACCUGAAUAUGAGGAGUUCGAUAGCCCUGCGGUACACCACUGGCGAGAUGCUGUGGUGAAUUGCCAAACAUUUUCACGUAUGCACAUGCUAGUGGGCAUGUUUGAUUCCUGUAUCAAGUGGGAAAAAUCUAUUGCAACUAAGAAUGAUGAUGGAGAUUCCGGUGAGAAGGAGAAGAUAUGUAGAGUGUGUGAACGUGGCUUAGGCUUAAUCUUCUGUUGUAAGUGUCCUGCUGCAUAUCAUUCUGAGUGCCAUGAUCCACCCCUUCAGACACGGGCCAGGAAAGACUGGGCAUGUGUGAACUGUAGUAAUACAAGGAAAAAGAAGAAUGCCAGAAAUUAUAACGCUAGAGUUCAUCAUGAGGAACUAAGUGAACAGGAAAUGAUUCUAGAAGCUUUCAGAGCCACAGAGACGAUUUUUGAAGGUUUCCAAGAACUGGCGGAGUACUCGGAGAGCGACCAGCAAGAAGAAUUAUAG